UGUGGUGUGUGUGUGUGUGUGUGUGUGUGUGUGUGUGUGUGUGUGUGUGUGUGUGUGUGUGUUUGUGUGUGUGCGCGCUCAAGAGUGUAUUUGUGUAUCGGCGGUCCCGCAGGUCCCGGAUGUUGCGGGCAGUAUGAGGCGAGCGCAGGGGGACAGGGACCAGCAGCUGUCGCCGCCGUUCUCAGGUGAAGAGUCUGAGGCACAGAAAGAUUUUUAAGUAACUUGCCUGAGAUUUUAUAACUAAUACUCUUGCUGUAACAAUCAAAAGAUCACUACUACAUGGGUGAAGAAAGACCAGAAAUCUUUGCCCCCUGACUUUGGAGACCCAGUUUAACCUUCAAACUGGCGAUGUCAAGGGUUCCAAGUCCUCCACCUCCGGCAGAAAUGUCGAGUGGUCCUGUUGCUGAGAGUUGGUGCUAUACACAGAUCAAGGUAGUGAAGUUCUCCUACAUGUGGACCAUCAAUAACUUUAGUUUUUGCCGGGAGGAAAUGGGUGAAGUCAUAAAAAGUUCAACUUUUUCAUCAGGAGCCAAUGAUAAGCUGAAAUGGUGUUUGCGAGUAAACCCGAAAGGGCUGGAUGAGGAAAGCAAAGAUUACCUGUCGCUCUACCUGUUGUUGGUCAGCUGUCCAAAGAGUGAGGUUCGGGCCAAGUUCAAGUUCUCCAUCCUGAAUGCCAAGGGAGAAGAAACCAAAGCUAUGGAGAGCCAGCGAGCUUAUAGGUUCGUGCAAGGCAAAGACUGGGGAUUCAAAAAAUUCAUCCGUAGAGAUUUUCUCUUGGACGAGGCCAAUGGACUUCUCCCUGAUGACAAGCUCACCCUCUUCUGCGAGGUGAGUGUAGUCCAAGACUCUGUCAAUAUCUCUGGGCAGAACACUAUGAACAUGGUAAAGGUCCCUGAAUGCCGGUUGGCUGACGAGUUAGGAGGGCUGUGGGAGAACUCUCGAUUCACAGACUGCUGCUUGUGUGUGGCUGGCCAAGAAUUCCAGGCUCACAAGGCUAUCUUAGCAGCUCGGUCUCCAGUUUUCAGUGCCAUGUUUGAACAUGAAAUGGAGGAGAGCAAAAAGAAUCGGGUUGAAAUUAACGAUGUAGAACCUGAAGUUUUUAAGGAAAUGAUGUGCUUCAUCUACACGGGGAAGGCACCAAACCUUGACAAAAUGGCUGAUGAUUUGCUGGCAGCUGCUGACAAGUACGCCCUGGAGCGUUUGAAGGUCAUGUGCGAGGAUGCCCUCUGCAGUAACCUCUCUGUGGAGAACGCUGCAGAGAUUCUCAUCCUGGCUGACCUCCACAGCGCAGAUCAGCUGAAAACCCAGGCAGUGGAUUUCAUCAACUAUCAUGCUUCGGAUGUCUUGGAGACCUCUGGGUGGAAGUCAAUGGUGGUGUCACAUCCCCACUUAGUGGCAGAAGCGUACCGCUCUCUGGCUUCCGCACAAUGCCCUUUCCUGGGGCCCCCGCGCAAACGCCUGAAGCAAUCUUAAGAUCCUGCCCGUUGGGAGACUCCAUUCAUUUUCCAGCAGCAGCAGCCACCGUUGCUGCCACUGACUGCCAGGUAGACCGCGCGGUCUGUGCGGCUUUUACUCUGUGUCGGGGGAGAUGGCACCAUGGCCACCCAGACUUUAACAGCACUAAAUAACUUAGGGGAGCUGGGGGAGGGAAGGGCCCAGGACUCGGGCCACUCAGCCUAAUGAAACCCUGUUGUUCUGUCACCGUGUGCCCUUUGGCCUGACCAAGUUUGACACUGGGAUUCAGUUUAGGCGCCGGCCUCAAGCACAUCCCAGCAGUGGUACUUCGGAGAAAUCGGCAUCUGACUGAGCAGAACAAAUCGUCAGGUGCCUGGAGCAAAAAGGAAAAAAAAAGCAGAAACAAGUGGACAUUUAGUUUUAAGAGAUGGAAAAAGGAAAGAAGAAAGAUUUUUUUCGAAAAUCAGUUUGUGGAUUCCAGUAGUAUUUAUGUUGAAAGAAGCAAAUUUUAGUCCUUCCAACUGUGGAUAUUUGUGAAAACUCCUCACCACCACCCAAGUGUCAGAAGAGCUCUCUCGCUAGCACUUACUGUUUGCAAGAAGAAGCCAUCCUUUAUCCUCUGAAAGGUGGCCCAUGACGGCAAAAGGGAGGAAGUCAUCUGAUCUGGAAAGCGAGUGUUUGACAGUAGUGGCUUCUGCAGAAAUUCUUACUGGUAUUAAAAACUGGAAAAAAUAAUUCAUCCAGAAUUCAUACUGUCUUGAUAAAAACUAUGAUUCUGUUUUUUAGAUAUCGUGGAAAAUGGAUUUUUUUUGGCAUUUUUCUCUGAUUUUAUGUUUUCCCUUCCCUUUUUCUGAGAGAGAGGGAGAGAGAGAGAGAGAGAGAGAGAGAGAGAGAGAGAGAGAGAGAGAGAGGGAGAGAGAGGAGAAACAAAUACAGAAAAUACAUAAAACGAAAAGAAGAGAAAAGGAAAUUUUAUUAUUAUUGCUAUGUGAAAAAAAAAAUCCCAGCCCAGAUGGCCUGGCUGUUUGUACCUGACUUGUCGCCUGCAUAGGAGCCGGUCCUGUCACUUCUGAUUAGCCCCUCUUCCAAAGGGGAGACUUCAAAUGUUAACUUUUUCUUUUUGAAAAUAUAAAUAAUUACUAUUUUGUACUGUGUGGUAUCUCUGGUCUUUUGUUUCAUUCACUUGGCUUCCUCUUGGGUCUCAGUUUCUUGCUUGUGAGAUUUCGAAGCCCUGGUUUGAGCUUCAUCUUGCAGGGAUUAUGUUCAGAAUGUCUAAGAAGCAGUAGGGGUUUAUUUAUUCUCCAUAGUCUCAAGUUUUCUUUGUGAGCUCAGCAUCUGCCAGUCUUUUGUCCUCCUUGAGGUUCUGCCAACCAUGUCCUGGUGAGAGUCUGGGACCAGGUCCCACUCCACCAAGGCAAACAAUUGUAGUGGGCCUCUUCUGCACCCUGUGUGUGUUAAUACCUGAUCCCAAAUCUCCUUUCUCCUAACAAAAUAAAAAGAAAUAUUUAGGGGUCAUGAACAUGGAGAUAAAUAAAGGGAAAUUGUUGUGUC